CGGCGGCGGGGGCUGGGGUGCGUCGGCCCCGCAGCUGUGGCUCGUUGCGCUCUGCUCGGCCCCGCUACCCCCGGCCCGGCCCUUAACAGCGGUGAGGUCCCGGGACGCCGCAUGUGAGUCAGGAGGGCAGCGCCGUCCUACACCGCCCCGCACCGCCCCUGCGCACCGGCACCGUACCGGAGCUCCAAAGCAGCCGGCACCACCCCCGCCCCGUUCGUCCCUUUACCCCGGCACCUCACCAUGAGCAACCUCAACAAGGACACCGAGCACACCAACGGCAGCGGCAACGUCGAAGAGGAGGUACGGACGUUGUUUGUAAGUGGUCUUCCUGUGGAUAUCAAGCCCAGAGAGCUCUACCUACUCUUCCGACCCUUCAAGGGUUAUGAAGGGUCACUGAUCAAGCUAACUUCAAAGCAGCCAGUUGGUUUUGUGACCUUUGACAGCCGGGCUGGUGCUGAAGCAGCAAAGAACGCCUUGAAUGGCAUCCGCUUCGACCCAGAGAACCCCCAGACCUUGAGAUUAGAGUUUGCAAAAGCCAACACAAAGAUGGCCAAGAGCAAGCUGAUGGCCACGCCAAACCCUACCAACAUCCACCCUGCCUUGGGCGCACACUUCAUUGCACGGGACCCUUAUGACCUGACUGGAGCAGCUCUUAUUCCAGCAUCACCAGAGGCGUGGGCUCCGUACCCGCUGUACACCACGGAGCUGACCCCUGCCAUCCCCCAUGCUGCCUUCACCUACCCAGCAGCCGCCGCCGCAGCUGCUGCUCUUCACGCUCAGAUGCGCUGGUAUCCUCCCUCUGAAGCUACCCAGCAAGGAUGGAAGUCUCGUCAAUUUUGUUAGUUCCUUAUGUCUCUCCUCUGCUUGUGUUCCUCCUCCCUGCCUCUCCGGAGCGAUGUGCCAGGGAUGAUCACUCAAACUCCUCUUGGUUUGGUUUGGUGACAAGGCACCCAGCCCCGGCGCGCUCCCCAGGGGCUGCCAGCAUCCCCCAUCCCUGGACUGUGAAGCCACCAUGGGCUAUGCGCCGCCUCCAUCCCUUCCUCCCUCCCUCUCUCUCCAGAACACCCUCCCUGGCUGAGCUUCGCAGUGUGGCUGUGCCGAAGCCCAGCCUGGGGGUCUCUGUCCUGGGCUUCCCUGGGCUCGCCCUGUCCCAGUGGCUCAGCUGAAGGGAACGAAAGGCAAUGGGUUUUGCAUGUUUUCUGGCAUGAAUUAAAACACUUAACUUGUGUAUGUGUGAGUGUAAGUUUGUUUGUUCUAGCGUUUGUGUAACCGUUAGCAACAGGUCUUGGCCCAACAGAUUGACCCAUCAACAUUUUCAUCUUGCUUCGGUGAAGACUGGGCUUUGAGAAAUACUAAACUGUCCUUGUCUUACCCCUUCUCCCACCUCUACCCUCCCCUUCCCAGUACGCCCAGAAAAAUUUGAGAAAUGCUCCGUUGUUUUUUUUCCUUGUUUUGGUUUUUCCCAAGUACAAUGCACUGGGUUUCUGUUCGCAGCCGUUCUCCUCUGCUCUCAAAGUCAGGGUUAUUUUAUUAGCUUUUUUUUCCUUCCUCAAACUUCUAUCUAUAGAACAGCUGUAAAAGUUCUAAACUCUUUUUUUUGGGGGGGUUUUUUGUUUUCCACAUCCUUCUGAUUGGAGAGCAUCCAGUCCUGCCAAACAUCAGCCAUCCUUAUGGGAAUACCGAACAAAAAAAGUACGAGUAUUUUUGUACCAUGUGUAAUAAGGAAAUAUUUAUGCAUCAUAAAGAAUUUUUUGUGUGUUUGUGUGCAAUUAAUUAUUAUUAUUAUUAAAGAGAAAUUGUAAUCCUGUAAGAUAAGUUAAUGUUUAGUUCAAAGCUUGAAAGAGAGGGGUUGUCUUCUGUACCAAUGAUUCAGUCAGGCAUAGUAAAUGAGAACUUGUGCAAUUUUUGUUCUAGCAUCUUAUUGCUUGGUAUUGAAGUGCUUUCAGUAUUAUAUGACUAUGGCUGUCUCGCUUGUAUUAAAAGAGUUGAGAAUAAGUUGCUAUAUAAUUGCUGAUCCUAUGAGAAUGUGAAACUGGAUAAUAUAUGAAAUGCAAAACAAAAAAAAAGGACAAAAAUAUAUCCCC